ACGAACAGCAAGGAACGCUACCGCUCUUGAACGUCUCCCUCACAGGACGUUUGAACGUAUGGCGACGCCUUGACUGCGUUGUGUUCAUCAGAGUCUGAGAAUGAAGGUCGUUGUGCUGGGAGCCACUGGGCAGACUGGACAGUAUCUGGUGAACCAAGCGCUUCAGCAGGGUCACAUGGUCACCGCCAUCGUUAGAAACCCAGGAAAACUCACCGUGCAUCAUGACAAUCUCAAGGUGGUAGAAGCAGAUCUUUUCUCAGCAGACAGUCUGAAGACUCAUUUCAAAGAACAGGAUGUGAUCAUGUCCUGCCUCGGGUUCCCAGCCUCCAUCUUCUCAGCGGUGACAGGAUACACCCUGUCCAUGAACGCCAUAGUCAGCGCCAUGCGAGAGAACCAAGUCAACAGGAUCAUCACCAUGACCUCCUGGUACACUGAGCCCAACUCUGGAGCUCAGUCACCUUUUCUCAUCCGGUUCCUCCUGCUGCCGAUGAUCCGAAGUGUCCUCACCAACAUGCACGAGAUGGAGCAGCUCCUGCAGAAGACUGAGGACAUCAACUGGACUGUUGUUCGCCCUCCUGGUCUCAGGAACCUGCCUGCCUCAGCUCAAGAGUUUUUGACCCAUGAGGGAUACUUUGUGCCCGACAGCAAUGGUUAUCCUGCAGGCAGCGCAGUGGGACGAGGAGAUGUGGCUCGCUUCAUGCUCUCUCUGCUCAGCAGCAAUGCCUGGGUCAAGAAGGGUGUUGCCAUGACUACCAAAUAAAACAUUCAAAUGUUUGAAUGCUGUGAGGACCGCAAACAAAAUUCACAUCACUUUCACUGUGCUGUGGCGACAGCAGAAAUGACAGAAAUCAUUAUCUUGAAACACAUACAAAUAAAACCCAAACUAUCUUCAUGGUUAAUCCCACCAGAGCUACAAGUGUUCUUUUUAAAUUGAGGUGAACUGGUUUUUUAAAAACAUACAAUUUAUUUUUGCCUUCAGAGUCUUCCACUGGAUGUAGCCUAAUCUGUAUGAUGAAUGUCUUUUUAUUAAGUCUUGUUUUACAUUUUGUUGUUUUCACAUGUUUUGAAACCUUUAUCAGUUAGUGUGCCUUUUAAUUGUGUUGGUGUUACUUAAUACUAAUGAGGGUGCAGUGCACAUACAUGCUGCAGUACACAAAUUCAGCCACACGGGGGCAGUGUGCCAUAUCUGGUAGCAGUAAGAGAAAGCUGGAAUUUCCAACAGUUACAUUUGCUUUUGCUUAAAGCUACUGGUGGAUGUCUCAGAUGUAUAUGUUGCACUAUGUGUUCAUAUGACCUUUCUGUACUCAAGUGUGUUCUGUGUCAGGUUUGUAAAACAAACAUAUAAUAAUGAACCUGAUGAAUGAGUA